GGCGGGGCAUGUAAUCCCCAGAAGACGUGCAAGUCCAGAGACUGUUUCUGCUCUUUCUCCAAUUAUCUGAUGCGCGUGCGUUUAUAUGGGGGUGGGGGGCGCGCUAUAAGAAGAACUAUAAGUUGGCUGGGUCUCACGCGGCGGACAGGUGGCUGUCAUCAUCAUCAUCAUCAGGAAGCGCGCGCUUUUGCGCCUUGGAUGUAUGGAUGUGCAGAGAGGAGCAGCGGGAAAGGAGCAACCCCGAAUGCAAAGUGACUCCUAAAGUGGCACCCAGUGCGCGCUCGCGCGUGGAUGUGCGCGCACAAUCUGCUCCCAGCAUCGGACAAGGUUAAGGAGAGAGGGAGCUGCGCGGAGCAGGCAGAGGGAGCAGCAGCCUGUCAGAGUUUCAGAGGGUUCUGCUGCGCGCGUGCCAUGGAGCCUCACAGACGCGCCGCAUCCCUGCUGCUCGGAGUUUAUCUGUGGGCGACUUUCUGCUGUCAAGGAUGCCAUGGUGGUGUGUACCAGAGGAAGCUCUACCGUGACCUGAUGGUGAACUACAAUCGUCUGGAGAGACCUGUCCAGAAUGACUCUGCACCCAUCGUGGUGGAACUCGGGAUCACGUUGCUGCAGAUCAUUGAUGUGGAUGAAAAGAACCAAGUGUUGAUCACCAACGCCUGGCUGCAGAUGUACUGGACAGACAUUUACCUGUCAUGGAGCCCAGAGAGCUACCCCGGGGUUCAGAACCUCCGUUUCCCCUCCAACAUGGUGUGGGUUCCAGAUAUCCUUCUCUAUAACAGUGCGGACGAAAGGUUCGAUGCCACCUUCCAUACAAAUGUGUUGGUCAAUGCGUCUGGAUACUGCCAGUACCUGCCUCCAGGUAUCCUGAAGAGUACCUGCUAUAUUGAUGUGCGGUGGUUCCCGUUUGAUGUACAGAAGUGUGACCUAAAGUUUGGCUCCUGGACCCACAACGGUUGGCUGCUGGACCUCCAAAUGAUGGAUGCUGACAUCUCCACCUACAUUCCCAACGGAGAAUGGGAUCUUGUAGGAGUGCCGGCGAAGCGUAACGAGCUGUACUACGACUGCUGUAAGGAGCCCUACCCUGAUGUGACGUACACGGUGACCAUGCGCCGCAGGACGCUCUACUACGGCCUCAACCUGCUCAUACCCUGCGUGCUCAUCUCCGGCCUGGCCCUGCUGGUCUUCCUGCUCCCCGCCGACUCUGGGGAGAAGAUCUCACUGGGCAUUACAGUGCUGCUGUCUCUGACGGUCUUCAUGCUGCUUGUAGCGGAGAUCAUGCCGGCCACUUCCGACUCUGUUCCUCUGAUUGCUCAGUACUUUGCCAGCACCAUGAUGAUCGUCGGUUUGUCUGUGGUGGUAACAGUCCUGGUUCUUCAGUUCCACCACCAUGACCCACGAGGAGGGAAGAUGCCUAAGUGGGUCAGAGUUUUCUUACUCAACUGGUGUGCUUGGUUUCUCCAUAUGAAGAAACCUGGAGAUGACAGACAAACAGCAGUGAGUCCUCCAACCUACAAGUACUGCAGCUCUCCUCAUCACACCAGCUCCAGCAGCAUUCAGAUGAGCACCAUACCGGGACAGCCAUCCGCCCAAGCAACCACCACCACCAAUGGUAACAUGAACCUGUACUUUGGCUACCACUCCAUGGGCACAGAAAACCCAGCGUUUCCCCUGGGCUCCACCUCCAGUGUGAUGGUGUGCGGGGGUGGUGAUGGAGGAAACCACCUGAAUGGUUCUUCCCAACUCGAUCUGGACCAGACGAGGACUUUGCUGCUGGAGCAGGUUCCAGAAAUUACGCAGAUUCUGGCGGAGGUGCAGUACAUCGCCAGGCGCUUCAGGGAGCAGGAUGAGGGCGAGGAAAUCUGCAGCGAAUGGAAGUUUGCUGCAGCCGUGGUGGAUCGGUUGUGUUUGGUGGCCUUCUCCCUUUUCUCCAUCAUUUGCACCUUUGCCAUUCUCAUGUCAGCCCCAAACUUCAUCGAGGCAGUGUCUAAAGACUUCACAUAAAGCUGAUGAAGCUCCUCUAACAUGGUUGGGACUGCAUAUGGAUCCUAUCAUACCAGGUUCUGUUUGCUUAAGUUAUUUUCAAAUGUUUAAAUAUCAAACUUUUUCCUUGCCUUUAUAUAUUUACAUAUAUUUUUCAAGAUUGACGUUGGAGGAAAUAAUUUGAUCACUUGCCGAUUUAGUAGGUUUCUUACCUAAAAAAUGUCACCCUCAUUGCAGAAAAUCAAGAAAUCCACUUAAAUAUUCUAUAUUCAUUUAUUUGCAUUUCAUUAAGGGAAAUAAGUAUUUGAACCAGUAAGAGUUCUGGUUCACACAGACCAGUUAGACUCUCCUAACCAACCCGUCACCUUAACUGACACCUGUUUGAACUGAUGACCUGUUGAAAAUUCACCUGUCCACAGAAUCACCCAUAAGUCAGACUCCAAACUCUCCAACAUGGAAAAACUAAAGAGCUUUCAGUGGAUUUAAGGGAGAAGAUUGUAGACCAGACUACAAUGGACUACAAAACCAUUAGCAACAAGCUAGAGGUUAAAGGUCUCAAGAACAUGAUCAUCAGUCCACCUGUAGGUCUGGGGCUCCAAACCAGAUCUGACCUGGUGGUGUUUCCAUGGUCAUGAGAACAGAUAGAAAUGGUCCUAAAACAACAACAGGAGAUAGUUGAUGAUCUGAAAGCAGCUGGAACCACAGUCACCAAGAAAACUAUCGGGAAGACUUUACACCACAAUGCUUGAACAUCUAUCAGUUCUGGUAAAGUCCUCCAGUUUAAGAGGACAUGUGCUGACCCUCCUGAAGUGUGUCCAUGAAGACCUUCAUGAUUCAGAGAGUAAUUGGAGAAGGACCAACAUGGAUCUCUUUGGCUUUAACUCAACCAUUAAAAGGAAGAGAAAUGCUGCAGAUGACCCCAAGAACACAAUCCCCACUGUCAAGCAUGGAGGUGGAAGCAUUGUGGUUUGGGGAUGUUCUUCUGCACAGGGAAACUUCACUGUGUCUUCCUCCAGGAGGAUUAAAUGGGUCAUGGAUGAAUCUUCCAACAGGGUCAUGACCCAAAAGGCCAAAAAGCUGAACAAGGUCAUGGAGUGCUCUCUGGACCUCAAUCCUCUAGAAAACCUCCGGAGAGAGCUGGAGCUCAGACUUGUUAAGCAACAGCCACCAAAUCUGAAUCAUUCAGAAAUCAUUUGUAAAGAAGAGUUGACCAAAAUUCCUCCUGAUCUGUGCAGAAAACUCAUCAUCAACUAUAAAAAAACCCUGACCUCUCUGCAGAUAAUAAGGGUUUGCCCCAAAGUUCUAUUUCUGUCAAUGAAAUGCUAAUAAAUGUAUUUAAAUUCUUUAAGGUGGAUUUCUUGAUUUUCUAUCUCUCAUUGUUCAAACAAAUCUACGUUCGAGAUAACAAACUGUCUCUUCCUUUUUGGUGGGCAAACUUACAAAAUGAGCUAAAGAUCAAAUACUUAUUUCCUCUACUGUUUGGUUCAUAAACCAUGGCCACAUGAAAAGCUUCCUGUCGAAGUGACAUGAAACAACUCUCCACCUACCAUACAAAGGAUGGGGUUUUGUUAGUGUGUACAUUCUUUUGUAAAUAUAAUUUUUAUUAAGCUGAGACAAUAGUACAACAGAAUUCAAAAAUCAGAUCAAUUAUCUGUAUAACAUGAAAAUUUACAAUAUACACUGUCUAUAAAAAAAUCAAAACAAAAAAAAAACUCUGUCAGCAAUAAGUCAUUUUUAGGAAAUAGCAACAUUUUUCAUGACUGUUUUUCCCAGGCUCCAAAUAAAAGAAGUUUUGAGGUUUGUAAGUUCUAAUCA